AUGCCUAUGAACCUCGAAGGAAGCUGCCAAUGCGGCGGCGUCGAAUUCGAAUUACAAUCCAACACCCCCGUGCCAUAUCAGCUUUGCGGCUGUGGCAUAUGUCGCAAAAUUGCCGGAUUUAGUGGUAGUAUAAACCUCGGUGGAAUUGCUGAUACCUUGAAGAUCAAAAAGGGAGAAGAUCUGAUCAAAAAAUACAAGGCGAUCAAGGAUCGCGGAACACCUAACCAGCAACAAUGUUCGUCCGAGCGAAGUUUCUGCUCGAAUUGUAGCACCAUGUUGUGGUUGUGGGAUCAUCACUGGCCAGAGUUGAUUCAUCCUUUCGCCCCGGCUAUCGAUACGGAGUUGCCGGUGCCGGACGAAAUGGUUUGUAUCAUGGAUUCGUCUAAGCCGGCCUACGUACGUUGGCCCGAAGGCAAGAAGACUGUUUACAAAGAGUACGGCAAUGAUAGCUUGGAAGGAUGGCACAAGAAACACAAUUUGUAUUAUGAUUAA